UGAGAAUAAAAAGAGACAUAAGGGUAACAUAGAAGCAAAAUCUCAAAAGCCAAAACUCUCUCUCUCUCAAACGAUCGAAGCGAGAAACAAUGUCGGGGAAAGGAGCGAAGGGUUUGACAACUGGUAAAACCCCAUCAUCCCUCAAAGACAAGGACAAGAAGAAACCCACUUCUCGUUCCUCCAGAGCUGGUCUUCAGUUCCCUGUUGGUCGUAUCCAUCGUCUUCUGAAGUCAAGGACAAUGGCGCACGGAAGAGUCGGGGCAACAGCUGCAGUUUAUUCCGCUGCUAUCCUGGAGUACUUAACCGCAGAGGUGCUGGAGUUGGCUGGUAACGCAAGCAAGGAUCUGAAGGUGAAGCGUAUUACACCAAGACAUCUACAGCUUGCUAUCCGUGGAGACGAAGAACUUGACACUCUCAUCAAAGGAACAAUUGCCGGAGGUGGUGUUAUUCCUCAUAUCCACAAGUCUCUUAUCAACAAGUCCUCAAAGGAAUGAAGGUUUGUAAUUUGCCCAAAUCAGCGCGGAAAAAGAUGGAUUAUGAUGUAAAUUUGUUGAUGAUAACUUGAUUUGUGGAUAAUUUCCUCGUUGUUUUGGUUUGAUUUGGUUGAGUCACAUUUAGAUAAUUUGAUAUUUUCUUCUUUUAUUUAUAUGGAUUGUAUUAACUGACAUGCACACUUUUGUGCCAUGGUGCUGCAUGUCUAGGAUUUAUGUUGGAUUUUUUAUCUUGUCAAACUUGUCUUUGCUUUUUCUUUGAACUGGUUGACAAUGGAGUAAUCGAAAGACUUUUGCUUCA